AUGGCGCCGUCCGAGGGCGAGGCGCGUGCGUUCCAGGCCGUGCGCCCGCUGUGCGUGACGCUCUUGCGGCACACCGCCGCGCCGAGCCUGGCGAAGGAGGCGAAUGCGACGCUCGCACAGCUGGCGAACGCGACGCGCGCGGCACAGGCGGACGCGCCGCUGCAGCCGGCGCUCAUCCAUUACAUCUUCUACCCUUUGUCCCAGCUGCUGCGCAUGCGCGAUAAUGGCUUGUACGGGCUGCCGGACCGCGUGCGAGAGCUGACUUUUGAUGUGCUGGGCACACUCGCACGCGACUGGUGGCGCGCGUGGACCUGGGACAAGGUCCAGAACACAGAAAACCCAGCGAUCGGCAGCGUGCAGGCAUGGCAAGUCUGGGAACAGUUGCUUCUCUUGAGCGUAAUGGCGCUCUCGGCGAAUGGAACAAACGCCGAAAAAAACUCGGACGCGACCGUGCUCGCGAUCGCGCGCUUUCUCACGCAGUUGCUGCAACCACGCCAGCAGGCUCCAAGGGAAGAACGCGACUGGGAGUGGGACGGCGUGUCGGACUUGCCGUCGCUCGACGCGAUGGACGAGGACGGGAACGAGUCGCUCACAAUCCAAAUCUACCCGUGCGCACAGCACACCAACGCAGCACGCGGCAGCCGCACUUGCGUCGGUGCCCUCUCGCACUUGCUCAAACUCGCCAUGGACACGGCACGCGAGCCUGCACGGCCCGCAUCACUCCGUACUGCGAUGAUCGACGUCGCAACAGCCACAGGCAUCGCCUGGCUCGGCGGCGAUACCCAUAUUCUCCACCACGGGCCGGCCUAUGCGAUGCAAGAGACAGCGGCCUACUAUGCCACGCCGGGCUGGGACAAGGAGGCGGUCGCCGUACGCACGACGCCGAUCCUGCCGGGCAUUGUGAGCUCCAUGCUAAAAAUCGUGGCCGGCCACGCGGCGCCAGGGCCGGUGGUCGCUAGGGCACUCACGCUGUUGACCGCAACGCUCGUCGCGUGCCUCGCGGACGUUGUCACGGCGCCGCUGCGCACGCCACCGCCCGCACCGCCGACGGUGCAUCGCCUCGAGGCGUUCGCACACUCGGACGACGAGUCCGACUCGGACAUGGCCUCGGUGUCCGACGUCGAUACCCCCGCAACGAGCGUCGCAGACUCGGAAGCGCCAAUACGCGAUGCACAAUGGCUGCAGCGCUCCAUGCGGCCUGUGCUCAUCGCCCUUUUUACGCUCGACGUGUCCCAGACGCGCGACUACGCCGAGGCCGAGCACGCGCUCAUUGACUGUGCCGCAUCUGCGCUGCAGCUUCUGCCGGACACGCUCACACAGGCAUGGCACCAUGCGGUGGGCGAACCAAGUACGCACGACCCUCUACACCGUCUCUUGCGCAUGCUGCUCGACCUCGCCAGUGCCGCGCGGCGCAGGAACGUGAUGGAACACGCACGCGCCGCAAUCAGCGGCCUGGUCGAGCGCGCGCCAGCGCUAUGGCUUGGGCGCCUUGGCGAAGAACUUGUCCUGGCGCUCGAAUCGCUGCCAGGCGCAGUCCGCGGCGUGCGCGACACCGACGUCGUACACCACGCCGAACGCGUGGGGACCAUUGCCGAAAUGACCGGCACUGUGCUCGCCAAAGUACAGCUGGAGCAUGCAAACCUCGCAUUCCUCGCCGAGUUCCGAUCAGCAAGCGAUGUGCGCCGCUGGAGCGAGGCGCUCAUGAACGCGCUCAGCAUCCACGACCGCAUGGCACCGGCUGACGCAGACGAGGCAGACGGCCUCGGCCUCCGGCCGCAGUGCCCGCCGCUCGAGCACGGCUCGGUCGAGGCAAUCGGUCGGAUGCUGUACACAUGCGGUAGCGCGGUCGCGACCUUGCUGGUCGGCGCAGCACGAGGAGGGGCGACCGUGCGGUACCAACACGCGUUUGCAGCGCUGCUCGCGUUUGUGCAAGAUGGAUGCAAGGCACGGACGGCAUCUGGCACAGCGCAGCGCAGCGCUAUCGCGAGUCUAUACGCGGCAAACGAGCACCUGCGUGGGCUGGUCGCUGAAAUCGCCACGCCGGAGCUCGAGGCGUACAUUGCACGCAACGAGGGACGUAGUCUGCGCAAGCCGGUACACGCCCUUGCACGCUUCCUUACGCAGCAGAUCCUCGGGGCAUGGAAUGACGACCGUGACGAAGAGCUUGCGCCGGACCUCGCGCAAGACGAAAAAGCGGUGGCGACCACCGAAGACACCGUGCCGGAAAUGGUGCGUGGCAUGCCGAAUGAACGCGACAAUACGCCGCGCCUCGAGGCUGGUAAGGCUCUUGAUGUGGCAUUUGUCGAUAGUGUGCGUCUCGACCAAAUGCCGGCAGCGGCCCCUGAACGCCGCGUCGAGCAGCGCGUCGCGCUCGGCGGGAUGGGUGAUGCGCUUCUCCUUGCGAUGCUUGCCGGUGCAGCCGCGCUUCUCGGAGCCCAGUUCCGGCCGCAGCUGCUCCAUGCGCUUUAUCCGGUGCUCAGCGCGUGUGGCAGUGAGGACCGCGUCGUACAGACCACCGCGCGGCACGCGCUCGACCGCAUUGCCGAGGCGUGUGCAUACCCCAAUGCCGCGAGCUGCGUGCUGCACCACGCAGACUACGUCCUGGGCGCCGCAAGCCACCGGCUGGUCGCCGGCCUUCAUGCCGAGCUACGUGCGGGCCUUACGCAGAUGCAGCUGGCGCAGUCGAUGCGUGGCGCGCGGAUGCACAGCAGCUUGCUGGGCGCGCGCGCGGCGCCUUGGGUGCUCGUGCAAGUGCUCGAGAUGCUUGGCUCCGAGGUGCUGCCGCUCGUCGAAGAUGCCGUGGACGAAGUACUCGAUGCACUCGAUCGUUUCCACGGAUACGACGAUGUAUGCGACGGCUUGCUUGCUGUCCUUGCGCGUGUCUUGCAUGUCCUCGCCACCGAGCAGCCUCCGGCGCCGCAAGCGCCGCCGGCCAAGACCGAGCGCGACCCGGUGGCCGAUUUGGUGUCGUGGCUUGCGCAGCGUGCUGCACCUGAAGAGCCGACCGACGCCCCGAUCGACGAGGACCUGAACGAGGACCCCAAUCCUCCGGCGGCGCGCCGCGAGGCGGUCGUGGCGCAGAUCGUGUCCCGCUGCGUCCCGUUUUUGAGUCAUGCCAGCCCGAUCCUCCGUGCGCGUGCGCUCGCCAUGCUUGCCGACGGCGUAUGCAUCCUUGCCUCGGCGCAGCGUACCGCCGACUUAUACCCUGUCCUGCACCGCGCGUGGCCCAUGAUCAUGGCACGCCUGGGCAUGAAUACCACCCAGCGGCGCACACUCCCUCAUCUCCGUGGCCACGACACGCAGCAGCGCCUGCGUGAGGCACUGCCGAGCGAGCAGGACGCCAACGUAUGGAUGCAAGCGACGUCGCUGAUUGGCACGAUUAGUACGUACGCCUCGGACGUCUUUGGCAAGAUGGUUGUCGAGCAGGCGUGGCCGCGUUGGGCACGGCUGCUCUAUGUCCUAGAGCAGCUCACGGCGGUGCGCCCCCAUGCGCGGGCACUUCCCUCUGGCGCCCAAGGGGAUGGUGCGCUCGCCCCCAAAACGCAGCACACGUUUCGUGUGUACGACGUACACGGCACGCUAGGCCAGGUCCUCUUGGCGAUUCUUGCCUCGCUGCGUGCCUUGCUCGUGAGCCGUGGCGAACGUGUGCCGAGCGACGUGGUGUGGGCAAUGGCGACGCAACCCGUGCUUGUCGACACGCUCGACGCACGCCAGCCUGCGGCGGUAAGCCAGGCGGGCCUCGCAUUGUACCGCGCGAUGGCGCAUACCGAUGCGAACCUCGUGUGGGUCGUCCUGCGUGCGGUUGCGAGCGAUGCGGCGCCUGCGUACCUGCGGCGGGAUGCGAUGCGUCUUGUGCCGCUGGCACCUAUCUGGACAUAG